UCCGCUCGGUGAUUGAUGAGACGAAAUAUUCUGCCAAGCCUUUGUGGCAGUCAUCCGAAAUCUGUCUUCUUAAAACAGGAACCUGCUCGACCCGCCUUGACAACGAGUCAAGUAAGAGAACUAAAGGCGGCCUUUUCCAUGCUUGAUAAAAACCAAGAUGGUCGAGUGAACGAAACAGAGAUCAAAUGCAUGUUGGAUAAACUCGGAAUUGUUCUUACAGACACCAUGGUCGGGAAGUUGAUAGAUCAAGCCAGUAAGAGAGGUGACAGGUUAUUGAGUGAAGACGAAUUCCUUGCUUGGAUGGCUCGUCAAAGUGUGCAGGAUGACGUCAUGGCUGAUCUUAUGGCCGCCUUCAGUGUAUUCGACAAAGACAGGAAUGGUUACAUUACUCGGGAUGAACUCCGAACCGCCAUGGAAAUGAUUGGUGAACCGAUGUCUGAAGAACAGUUAGAUCUAAUGCUAAGAGCAACAGACAUUGACAAAGACGGAAAAAUCAAUUAUGAAGGUAUGCUUUUCCUUAUAAUUUCAUUGUAG